GCCUCCUCUGGAUUGAAACGGGCAUGCUUUGCUCUGACGAGAGACUUGGGCUUGGCUGAUGUUUUUACUAACGUAGGUACUUGUGAAAAACCACCUUGGCUACGUACUCCUGGUCUAUCUCUAUCGUUACUGCAGUAGAUCCAACUAGUAAAGCUACCCACGUCUUGAAGAUCUAGCUCCUCCACUCCCCUUGGUUUCUUUGCAAGACAGAGUACAAGACCAUGAGCAGACGGUAUUUAGCUUGAUGCGCCCACCUCCCGUUCUCACAUCUGAUUCGAUGUUGACACUCCCCGGUCCGUGUCCCGUCUGAUUCGUCGCCUGUUCCUCGACGUUGCUGAAUCGUAGUUGAACCACGUCACGUGUACGACUACUACUUACAACUACUUCUCGAUUCGAUUUGAUGUGAUUACGCUUCUACCAGCUGCAACGACCUGUCGAAGAUCUGUGUUCACUGAAGGAGUUAUCCGAAUCCGCGUACCUGCUCGCGCAUGCGUUUGCGUCAUGAACAGCCGCAGAGCCUUUCGACGCGAAUGCAGAUGCAUCAUCGCAUGAUUAAAGCAGGCGAAAUACGGAGGUCAAGAUGAUCCUUGCUUUUGAUACGUCAACACAGCAGUCCCGAUAGAAGAAGCGAAGAACACGAGCGGGGGCGUUUCCUGUGCGAUUGAAAAGCGUUGCUGGCUUCGUCUUGCAGCUGCUAGAGGAGAUGGAGAAAAGAACGACUCACAUAUGUGAUUUCAAUCUCAAUUUCUUGGACAAGCAUUAGCAUAACUCACAAAGUCUACCAAGUCUUCUUCAUCUACUUGGUUUUCGCCUUCUCGUCGCUCCAUAUCUUCGGGCAGAAUGAGCAAUUCUUCAUCUUCAAAGCCGAACGAUCGGCAGACGCCACUGCUGCAGAAGUUUCAGAAGCAGUUUGGGACGCAAAACAAGGAAAAGAAUCCACUGGCGAAUAUGGGCAUGACCUUGAAUAAACACAAGCCCGCCAGUGUGAAAUCUGCUCCGAUAGGUGGCGGGAGUCUAUUUGGAGGAGCUUUUAGUGGAGCGAGUAUUUGCAACUGAGUAUGUAGACCUACCUAGCCUGUCGCUGUGUAUGAAGCUCGUCCCUCUUUGCGACAUCGUUCUGCACAAACUUACUUCCCUUUACCUCUAUAUUAACUCUCGUCUUUCACUUUCUUUUUUCUAGUUAGGUCGGCUCGGCCACAAUCUAUAUUAACUCUCGUCUUAGAUCAAGAUGAACUCUUUUACACAAACGUUUUUCCUAUUUCUCAUCCUCUUGUUGCUCUUUCUAACCAUCCACUUCGUUGCAGGUUCCUCAACAUCCUCUGGGCCGACCCCGAUAAGCAGCAUUUUCAGCAAGUACAAGACCAGUCUUCAGCGGCCACCACCAGGCACGAAGCCUGUCUCGCCGAGUUCAAAAAGACUAAAGGCUGGCCCGCAUGGAACCGCCGUACCGGUUGAUCCGAAGCCAGCAGCACCAUCAGGAGCCUCAGCUUCAGGUACUUUUGCUUAGGAUGGAGAUGAUAACUACUAAGUACACAGUGAUCCUGAUCUACAUAGUGAUCCUGAUCUACAUAGUGAUCCUGAUCUACAUAAUGAUCCUGAUCUACAUAGUGAUCCUGAUCUACAUAGGGAUCCUGAUCUACAUAGUGAUUUUGAUCUCGUUCUUCAGCAUCUUCAUCACCACCUCAUGGAGUGAAAGAAGUUUUUUGCAAGUGAGAGUUACCAUGACGACCGCAAAAAGCAUUACAGCAUUCACAUCAUUUUCCUAUCAUAAUGUCAGCAAGCUCGUCGAAGGCACCGGCACGAACGACGCCACGUGGAAGUCCAGGCGUCGAGGCGGACGAAUAUGCGGUAACGCCUAUUGAUAGAGCCCAAGCGGACCCGAAGACGGACUACUGUCUUGACGACAUCGAUGUCGGGAAGCCUCUUGGAAAGGGGAAGUUCGGUACUAUAGAUCGCAGAAAAGACCACCUAGAGGUAGGCCUACGAGUUUAGACUUUUACAGAAGAUGAAGAUUGCUGCACAUGCCCCCUGGUGCCUUCAUUCGCUGUCACUUCGAAAAACAAGAAGAUCUUCCCUAUAGAGCCAAAUCGAUCGAAGCUAAAUCCAACAAGUCAUCACUUUCCAGGUAACAUCUACCUCGCACGGGAUCGCCUCUCGGAGUAUGUCUUCGCUUUGAAGAUUCUCAGCAAGAAACAACUGCAGAAGCACCGCGUGGAGCAUCAAAUCGUACGCGAAAUCGAAAUCCAGUGUCAUUUGAGGCAUCCGAAUAUUCUCAGGUAUGGGGAAGCUUAGAUUUUUCGAUUUCUACUUUUGAUAUGUCUUUGUCUAAAUAAAUUCUAAUUUCUUUGGAUAGGUCUUGGAAUAAGUAGACCUGGUCUUCCUCUUGUCGUUGUGUAUACGUAUCUAUUUUACUUUAUUUUCUAUCAUCAAAGAGGACAAAGCCAAAGACCAUUACCAUAUCAGUGUGAAGCAGAGUCGUUAAACAACGUUACCUCUUUCACAUUCAAAAACAGGCUGCACAACUAUUUCUGGGAUGCGAAUCGGAUAUUUCUGAUGCUUGAGAUUGCACCUGGUGGCGAGUUGUACGCUGUACUGAAAUCCAAGCAAUACUUCAGCGAAUAUCGUGCUGCUUGGUAUCUCUCACAGAUGGUGGAUGCUUUUCGGUACCUGCACAAAAAGCACGUCGUACAUCGAGACAUCAAACCCGAAAACAUUUUGCUGGGGACUGGGGAUACGCUCAAGAUAGCGGACUUUUAUGGCUUGGAUUUCGUGUACAUCCCUUUCCCUUUCUAGCGUUAACGACUACGACAUGUACAAGUACGUGAAUAAAAUGUAAAGGAUUUUUUUACGUAUAGGAGAUUCGUCCAAGUAUCUACUUACAAGAACUACAAUGUUCUCGUGGGUUAUCAUUUCGUGCACGUGCUGCAGUUGCAGAGCCUAUCGGUUUUUUUCAUCUCUUUCCUCUUUCAUACCACCGGUUGGUCUGUCCACGCGCCAAGCUUGAAGCGAACUACCUUUUGCGGCACAUUGGACUACCUGGCUCCAGAGGUGGUGGAGCCUAAUAUGAUCGGCGCGCAGGGAGCCAAGUCCACGAUGGCGGAUGUUUGGGGUUUAGGCGUGCUCCUCUACGAGUUCGUCGUCGGCCGGGCUCCAUUUGAAGGGACGGACACGCUGGCCACAUACAAGAAAAUCCGAUCAGAAAGACCCUAUUUUAUGAAAAAGUUUUGAUGAACAUGAAUUGCAUAAUCCCAUCCGUAUCCGAAAGACCAUACUUUAUGGAGGAUUUGCAUGCGGCGCUCGUCCUCUUGAAUCUGAUACACAACUCCAACAAUAAUUGAUCGACACCACUUCUAGAUCCCCGUUCUUCUCGUCCCCUAGCAUCCUUCAUUCCCCUCCCGGAGCAUCUGAGUCCGGAAUGUCGCGACUUGAUCACGAAGAUGCUCAAAAAGAAGCCAAGCGAACGAAUGUCGCUUGAGGAAGUGGUAAAACACAGUUUCUGUGCACAGGCGCUCGAAGACGGAGGAAAGUUUUGCCGGGAGCGCUACGGUGGAAUGGUUGGAAAUGUGGCGUAAGGGGGUGAGGGCUUCGUCUCUCCAACUCUGGCAGAGCAGUAUGCUGCAACUGCAUGCAGCAAUUAGGAUACUUUGUUGUAGUGACGCCCCAGAAAAAGAAUCCAAUCAUGUCAACCAGAACUAACCAGACUUCUUCUAGAAGGCACAUUAUCUGUCGCUGUUAGGAACAUGUUUUGUUUUUGAACUGUUUGUUGAUUCCUUGGUCGUGUUGGUAUUGGUUGUAUCAAAGCCAACGGCUGCUCUUU